UUUUUUGUAGACGGGGCGAUGAAGUUUCCUUCUUGUGAAGAUGUGGAGGCCUGUGCGUCUGCGAAGCUGUUGAGGAGCAUGGCUGCUAAGAAACUAAGAAGAGCACAGUUGUCUCAGGAGCUGUGUGAGAGGCUGAGUCGCUGUCAAAUCACUACCUGUCAGGACUUUUUAUGUCUUUCCCUCUUGGAGCUAAUGAAAGUGACGGGACAGAGCUACUAUGAGGUGCAGAAGCUUCUUUGUAAAGUCAGCCGAGCUUGUGCUCCCAAAAUGCAGACAGCUUAUGAAAUGAAACUGAGGAAGUCUGUCAGUCCCUCUUCAGCCUUUUUAUCCACCACGCUGCAUAGUUUGGAUAGAGUCUUGCAUGGUGGAGUACCUUGUGGGUCCCUCACAGAGAUAACUAGCCCACCGGGUUGUGGCAAAACUCAAUUUUGUAUUAUGCUGAGUGUUCUGGCUACACUGCCUCUAAGCAUGGGAGGACUAGAUGGGGCAGUUAUAUACAUUGACACAGAGUCCGCAUUCAGUGCUGAAAGGUUGAUUGAGAUAGCAGGAAACAGAUUCCCUACUUAUUUUGACUCGGAUGAAAAGGUGUUCUGCAUGACCCGUAGCAUUCACCUCUAUCGAGAACUGACCUGUUGCAGUGUACUACAGAGGAUUAUGUCUUUGGAAGAAGAAAUUAUUUCAAAGAAAGUUAAACUCAUAAUAAUUGACUCUGUUGCUUCAGUUGUCAGAAAGGAGUUUGACACAAAACUUCAAGGCAAUCUGGCAGAGAGAAGUAACUUUUUGACUAGAGGAGCAUCAGUGUUGAAGUAUUUGGCAGAGGAGUUCUCAAUACCAGUUAUCUUGACAAAUCAGAUUACCACAUCGCUGAGCAAUGGCCCUGAGAUCCAGGCAGACCUGGUGUCUCCAGCUGAUGAUUUGUCCCUGUCUGAAGUCCUGGUGCCAAAUGGAGUGAAAACACUGAAGGAAUUAUCAAGUGAACUGAGGAGCCCCCAGAGAUCAGAGGCUGUUGGGGCUUCUGUAAGUGGGAAGAAGGAUUCUGGUUGUGUGACAGCAGCCCUUGGCAACACGUGGAGUCACAGCGUCAACACCAGGCUCAUACUACAAUAUCAUGACUUGCCAAAAAGGCAGCUCCUGGUCGCUAAAUCACCUGUUUCUCCAUUCUCCGCUUUUUUCUACACCAUUGAGAAAUCAGGCUUGGUUCUUCAGGACGGAAAGGAUCAAACAAAUUUAAUUUGGGAAGGAACCAAUCCUGCCCUGCAGCCCAUACGAGUGAGGAACACUGCCUUGAAAGAUACUUUACUUAGUGCUACUUUACCUAGCACUACUGGAGAGACUUCAAGCAAUACAUCCGAUCUAUAGAAAGACCAAUGGAAACUCCCCAAAGAAAAGAAUAAAUGACGACAUUGUUUUUCAAAAA